UAUAUAUCAAGAUUUCAGAUCAAGAAGAGGGGCUGUAAAAGUAAAACUUGAAGAUUAAAUAUAAAAAUAGUAGUACUCCAUAUUAUUAUGGGGAGGGGAAGAGUAGAGUUGAAGAGGAUAGAAAACAAGAUAAACAGACAAGUAACUUUUGCUAAAAGAAGAAAUGGGCUGUUGAAGAAAGCUUAUGAGCUAUCUGUUCUUUGUGAUGCUGAAGUUGCUCUCAUUAUCUUCUCUAACCGUGGCAAGCUUUAUGAGUUUUGCAGCACUUCCAACAUGCUCAAGAUGCUUGAAAGGUACCAGAAUUGCACUUACGGUUCAAUGGAAAUCGACAGAUCAAGCAACAAUGCUGAGCAAAACAGCUACAGGGAGUACAUGAAACUGAAAGCCAAAUAUGAGUCGCUACAACAGUACCAAAGACAAAUUUUCGGGGAGGAUCUGGAACCACUGAAUAUCAAGGAACUUGAACAGCUAGAAAGACAACUAGACUCUACUCUGAGACAAAUUCGGUCCAUACGGACACAAUCAAUGUUGGACCGACUUUCUGAACUUCAAGUUAAGGAAAGGAUGUGGCUUGAGGCCAACAAAGCAUUGCAUAAUAAGCAGCUCGAGGAAAUUUAUGCAGAAAAUCAGGCAGGACCAUCAUGGGCAGCAGAUGAAAACUGUGGUUCGUAUGAACAGCACCAGCAUCCUCAAUCUCAGGAGUUCUUUCAGCCAAUAGAUUGCAACCCCAAUUUGCAAAUCGGGUAUAACACAGUUGGUUCAGGUGCUUCAACAAGUGGGCAGAAUAUGAAUGGAAUAGUCCCUGGAUGGAUGCUUUGACUUCCACAUGGUCAACCUUUCUCUAUUUUUGGUUUUAUAAUUCUACACUAUUAUGAACUUAAAUAAUAUUUUUGUCUGUAUUAUGGGAUUUAUACACAAGUCUUGUAAGAUUAUACCCUAUAUUAUUAUAUUAUA